AACUCACUGUGGUGAAGAACGACAUCAGACAAGACGGAGUAGAGAAGGACCCAGGCACAGAGCAAAAGAGUAAAAAUGGGUGGGAAUAAUGCAGGGAGUUAUAAAAGAUAGCAGAGACUGACCGAUAAAACUAAACAACAGGAGGUAGCCAGGAAUGGAGAACUGGAGCAGGGGGUGUAGGAGAGGGGAGAGAAGGUAGAAUGGUGCAUUCUAAUGUUACUGAAAAUAUAGCAAUACAGACAGACAUAUAGAGAUAGACAGAUUAUAGAUAGAUUAUAGAUAUCUAGAGAUAGAUAGAGAUAGAUAUAUAGAUAUAGAUAGAUUAUAGAGAGAUAUAUAGACAGAUAGAUAGAUUAUAGAUAUAUAGAUAGAUUAGAUUAUAGAUAGAUUGAUUAUAGAUAGAUAGAUAGAUUAGAUAUGGAUAGAUAUAGAUAGAUUAUAUAUAUAUAGAUAGAUAGAUAGAUAGAUAGAUAGAUAGAUAGAUAGAUAGAUAGGCAGAUAGAAUAGAAUAGAUAGAUGUAGAGACAGACAGGUUGAUCACACAGAAAAUCUAGCUGAUAGAUACAUGAUAAACAAAUGAAACCUAGGUGUAAAAAUGGAGAGACUACUUAUGUGCCUUGGGAUAAUUUUGAUACCAGCAGCCUCAGCCAAGUUUCAGGUGCAGUCAGAGGAGAAAUUGGUGGCAGCAGUGGGAUCAGAUAUUCUAUUACCCUGCAACCUUUCACCACCUCUCAAUAGGACUGGAUUAGAAAUACGCUGGUUCUACAAUCUCUUUCAUAGCAUAGUAUUUCUGAUGAGAGAAGGAAGGGAAGAAAGACAGGAUCAGAUUGCAGAGUUUCGUGGGAGAGCAUUUCUCAGGGACGGCCCAGAGACUGGAGACCUGGCGCUCUCAUUGCUCAACGUCCGUCUCUCUGAUGCUGGAGCAUUUCACUGCUUUGUGGAGGAUGUCAGCAAUCAAAUCUAUGAAGAAGCAGUUGUGAAUCUCAGCAUUGUGGGUAAGGGUUCUCCGCCUCACAUAGACAUCUCGCUACAAGGCAGCUUUAUUCGACUCUCCUGCUUCUCAUCUGGGUGGUAUCCUGAACAGAAAACUCAUUGGCUGAGAAAUAACAAAACUAUCAAACCGGACUCUGAAGCAUCCCACAAACAAAGUGAUGGUCUCUUCACAACAGAGAGUGAAAUUCUCCUGAAUUCAUCAUCCGAGGGUCAUUUUUACUGUGGAGUGAAACAUAGUCUGUCUGGUCUAGAAACUGGCGCCUACAUAAUUGUCUCAGAAGCCUUGUUCCCACGUGUUUCGCUUUGGAUGAUUUCAUUCAUCUUGCUUCUGAUAAUUUUGGUCUCUCUCUUAGCUGUGGCAUCCUGGGCCUAUUGUAGAUUUAAAAGAGAAAAAGAAAGAGAUCUAAGAAUAAAGAACAAUCAGCUGGAUCUUCUGAGACGAGAAAUUGAAUGGAGAAAAGUUUCUGUUUACAAAGAAUCCAUUUUCUUUGACCCACUCACAGCAUUUCACGGACUCCUCAUCUCACCUAACCGUUGUGUCAUUUCUACCACUGACAUUGAACAAAAUCUCCCAGAAAACCCUGAGAGGUUUGAUACUGAACCUUGUGUACUUGGUAGCAAAAGCUUUUCCUCUGGCUGUCAUUACUGGGAGACUGAGAUUCAGGAACGAGAUGGACAGUUCUGGUCUUUGGGGAUCGCAAGGCAAUCUGUGAGACGCAUGGGUGGCCAGAGAGAGAGCCCUGAAUCUGGCAUCUGGGCUAUUAGAGGAACUGCAGAUGGUUUAUUUGGGCUUUCUGAACCUCAGAAACUCAUUAAUUGCACCAAUAGGCUGAAUAAAGUGGGGACCUUCCUGGACUAUGAAAGAGAAACCCUCUCAUUUUACGAUGUAGAGACAUUUGAAUGCCUUUUUCAAUACACACAGCAAUUUACUGAGCCAGUCUACCCAUAUUAUUAUGUAGGACCUGGUAUGUCAUUUGUUCUAAAUUCUCAAAGUCACAGAUAGACUUAGCAACUGUCCGGCUGCUCACAUGAUGCAGAAUUGCCAAUCAAAAUGGCUGGUUUACAUCUUUUUAGACAGUGGUAAAUUAUGUGACAUUUUGAAAACUCCAUUUCUACUGAAACGGUAUUGACUCAAACAGAAUUAAGGAAUGGAGUGUCUGAGCAAUGGUGGUUUGAUCAAACAGCAUCUUAAGUACAAUACAAUCCAUAACAGAUAUGUAUACACCCAUAUCAAUGUUAAACUGUUUUCAGGUACAUGUAACUUUAGAGGAGAUUAAGUAUUUUUGUUGUGUUAAAAAAUGUAUUUGUCAAUAUAAAGAGAUUAUGAAAUUGGG